GAAGUAGAUAAUCAAAUUCUUUGGAUAAGAUUGCCUAGUUUAUCAGAAGGAUACUACUCGAAAAUGUUGCUUCGGACUAUAGGCCAAACAAUUCGGCCGGUGAUUAAAAUUAAUGAACAUAUGAAUACAACAAUACGAGGAAGGUUCGCUCAGUUGACGGUGUGUGUAGAUCUCAAGAAACCUUUUAUUUCUAAAGUUCGAAUAAAUGGUAAAAUGCAGAGGGUCGAAUACAAGUCUGUACCAAAUAUCUAUUUUACUUAUGGUUUAUAUGGGCAUACAACUGCAGUCUGUUCAGGUGGGAAACCCGACGGACACCACUGCACUAGUUAUGGAAGAAUCGGAUCUUAUUAAUAAGGUUGAAAAAGAAUCAUUUGGUCCUUAGAUGUUAGUGGAAUGAAAACAGAAAGAAAGGUUUAAAGGGUCUACAAUGGUGGCUAACAGUGGUCAAGACACCUGAUCAAAUGGAUCACGUCUCUCUAUUCUGGAGGAGUGCAGGAUUGAUAGUGCAGUCAUUAAUCCUAGAGUUGAUUCUAUUUCUAAAGAAGGAAACAAAGAGGUUAUGGUAGAUUUGCCGAGAUAUGUGGAAGGGAUGAAUUCGAAGGCGGUUGAUGAUGGUGGUGGGGAUAGGAAAAUUGCCUCUAGGGAAAAAGAAAAAAGAGUAGCUGUGGCUAAUGGACAUAGGAAAAAUCUACAGAUAUUGAGACCGAAUAAUAGUGGUCCAGGGCUUCAUUUAAGUAAAGGUUCUAGUGGGUUAAAUAAUAGAGCAAGUUUGGUGGAAUCGGGCUUUGAUCGGCCGUUUGGAAAUGAGAGUAUGGAAAGAGCAGUGGAGGUCACUGUCGAGGCGAACAUGCACCGUAAGAAACCACCUGAUAUCGGGCCGACGAAUCAUGAUCAAUCUAUGGUGGGAAUUUCGGAGGUUAUGGAAGGUCAUUCAAGCCAUUGAAAAUUCCUGUCAACAAAACAAACUGGAGGAUCCAUCGAAUUCUUUGAUGGUUGGUAUGGAAGUAGAAAUGAAUCAGGAUGAGGAGGUAAGUCGUUCAUUCCUCAGCCAUUAGUUUGAUUGUGGGUUUCAACUAUCUAUUGCUUAUGGUUAUGGAUUUUAAGCUAAUUUUUUUGGAAUUGUCAAGGAACAGGGCAUCCCCAAUUCCAUAAAUUUAUUAGUGAAUAUAGAAGAGAGUUUAACCCUGAUGUUUUUUGUAUUUUUGAUAUGCGAAUUAGUGGUGAGCAUGCUGAAGUUAUUGUAAGGAGAAUUGGUUUUCUGAACUCAUGUAGAGUUAAAGCAAAAGACUUUGCAGGAGUAAUUUGGGUUUUCUGGAAAGAUACUGUACAUGUUGAAAUUCUUGAUUUACAACCUCAAGCAAUUCAUAUGAGGAUCUGGAGUACUUAUUGUUUUUCUCAAUUUCUUUGUACAACUAUCUAUGUUAGUCCUUAACCAACAAAAAGAAAAAUGUUGUGGGAAUAUUUGGGUUCGUUGGCAGAACAAGUUAUUGAGCCUUGGGUUUUGGCUAGAGAUUUCAAUGCUAUUUUAGAUUCUUCAGAAUAGAUUGGUGGUGCAGAUUUGACAAGAAAUAAAUGUCUGUAUUUUCAGGAAUUCAUGUUUAAUUACAGCAUCUACGAUUUAGGCUUUUGUGGGUCACAAUUUACUUGGAGUAGAGGGGGUAUGUCUCAGCGGUUAGACCGAGCAGUGGGUAAUACAGCUUGGUUCUCCUUUGCGCCAAAUUGCUAUGUUCGAAACCUUUAUCGUCUAAAAUCUUAUCAUCGUUCGAUUUUACUUUAUUUAAAGCCGAAAAAAGAAAAGAAGUUAGACAAUUUCGUUGUUUGGAGAGUUGGAUGUUAGAUACAAAUUUUAAAGGGUUACUUUUUUAGAGUUAGAGGAAUGAUGUUUCCGUGGUGGACAAUUUGUAUCAAUUUCAAGUAGAGGUUCAAGACUGGAAUAAGAUAGUUUACGGUAAAUCUUUCAAAUAAA